AUUUGUUUAUAAAUCAAAGUAGGCGUUAUUAUUACAAAAAACUGUCAUAGUAUAAUUUUCUCUAAAAUUUAAAAACAUGUCUUUCUAUUUUUUUAAUUUUUUACUCUUCCUGGGCGUGGUUACCAUUGUGGUCGGUAUAAAACUCGAUGAUUACUGCAAGCCAGAUUCUGGCAACACCCCGUGUCGCACCGAAUGCAAACGCAGUUCAUCCUGUGGUCAAACAGCCGAUAAAUUCGCACAUUUAACCGAUGAUGAACGUGAGCGUGUCCUUCAAAAACACAACGAACUCCGUGAAGCCGUGGCUAAAGGAGACUAUAGUUCCCAGAACCUACCCGCAUGUGAUGGUGGGAUAAAAGUAAUGUCCUACGAUAAAGAAAUGGAAUUCUUAGCUGCGUGCCACAUAAAAGCCUGUGAUUUCAAUCAUGACAAAGUCCGACUGAACUCCAAAGGUGAGAAAUGUGGGCAGAACCUUCACAUGGCCAUCAUGAGUGCCCCAAGUGGGUUCCCCGAGACUUUUUUGGAGGAUGGGAUUCAGUCUUGGUUCAAUGAGAUUUCCCUGGUGCAUGAUUCUGGUAUAGUUGCGAAUUUUCCUAGUGCUAAGGGAAUAGGUCAUCUGACAGCCCUGAUCUGGGGUGAGACCGAAUUGGUGGGUUGUGCGAAGAUGCACUAUACGAGCAGUAAGAAACACUACUACAGUUUAUUCUGUGAUUAUUUCCCUGCGGGGAAUAUGAUUGGUGCACCUAUCUACAAAGAUGGGACCUGUGAGAAGAACCCGGUGUUUGGUAAUCUUUGUGGGAAGAUAAGACUGCUUGCUGAUGAUACCUAUUCACCACCUCUUGAUUUAUCAAGUGGGUUUACCCUGGGAGCUUGGUCUUUAUGCGUUUAUCUCUUUUGGAAUAUGAUGGUUUUAAUUUUAUAACUUUCUGAUUACCCUGUAUAUUAUGAAAAGAUAAUUAAAUUGUAUGAGUUAAAUUAA